AUGGAACCGGCAACCACGGCACUAGAAGCAACAACAACAACUGAAACCAAUAAUGGAAGCCUUCUUCCUGCGGAUGAACAAACAGUUCCGCAACAACAACGACCAUCAUUCGCCAAAGAAAGCGAAGAAAAAGCCUUUAAUGAAAUUUUGGAGCUCGUCGAAAAGGACCGACCCCAAAUGACUCGCUAUCAAGAAUAUUAUGUUUUUGAAGCAGAACCUAAUUAUCAUUGUUUAGUAAGAUAUCUUCGGGCUCGUGAUUUUGAUGUGAAAAAAUCAUAUGACCUUUUAAAGAGCACUCUCCAAUGGCUUGAAGAGUUUAAACCCUAUUUGAUAACGGCUACCAAGAUGACAAAGGAAGCAGCGACUGGAAAAAUAUUUUGUCGUGGAUUUGAUAAAUUCAAUCGACCAGUCAUUUACAUGAGUCCAGGAAGAGAGAAUACCUACGAUGGAGAAGGAAAUAUUCAACUAUUGGUAUACUCGCUGUUCACUGCUGUAGCAAGAAUGUCUCCUGGUGUGUCACAAAUGACAUGGGUAUGCAAUUUUGAAGGCUACACAAUGAAGAAUGCACCAUCCAUCAGCGUUUGUAAACAAACAGUAUCCAUUCUGAGUAGCCAUUUUCCAGAGAGAUUAGGUGUUGCUCUAAUUGUAAAUCCUCCCAGAGUAUUUUCAUGGUUUUGGAAAUUAAUUAGUCCAUUCAUACCUCCAGUGACCAAAGAAAAAAUCAAAUUUUGCUAUUCGUCCAAGAAGGAAGAAGUGAUCGAAUUCUUUUCACCCUAUUUCACAUUAGACAUGCUUCCAAAAGAUUUUUAUGGAAAUUUUGAUAAUACUUUCAACGAAUCAGUUUGGAAAGAAGAGAAGAAAAUUGAUGAUGCCAGACUUGAAAGAAUUUCUCACAUUAUUGACACUUCUGAACUUUAUAAUGUAAGAAAAUAA